AUGGAAAUAUUCGAAAAAAAAUUAACAAUAAAUAAUUUUAAUAUAAAUAUUAAUAAUAAUAAUUUUUAUAGCAAUAUAUUUUUAAGUGAUAAACAAUUUUAUUUCUUUGAUCCAAGUGUUCAUUGUGAAAUUUAUGAUAGAAAUAAACAUUAUCAUUUCGGUUCGAGAGAGAAUGAUAGUGAAAUAGUAUCACUCUGUGUCAUUCCAUCGGUAUUUUCAAAAUCUGAUAAUUCCAUUGUUUCCAAGAGUCUUGUGUUGGCCAGUAAAUCAAAAUUUUCAAUCGAUUCGCUACCACUCGAGAUGGCAAUUACUAUAUUUAACCAACUCGAGCCAAGAGACUUGUUUUCAUUUUCAAUGGUUUCACAUAAAUACAAAGAAAUCAUUGGAAUAUACAGUUGGAAUCAUCUCUACUCUGUAAGAUGUCCUGAGAUCAUCAGACAACUAGAUCCUACAUACCUACACCCACUAUCAAUCAUGUUUCAAGUCUAUCCAUUCAUGCCCUAUGAAAAUCAAAUCCAAUGGUUAAUGACUGUCGUUAGAGGUAUUCGUAAAUACUCACUAAAACUCGAUUCAAAAGAUUUUAUAGAGAAGAUUUCGAAUUUCUAUCAUGAUUUCGUUCAAUUUACAGUUUCAAUAAUGCAAGAAUUCAUUUCAAUAAGAGAAAUGGUUUAUUUAUCAAUGGAGAUCUUAUCAUUAAUUUUUAAAGAUAAACAAUUUGAUAAUAUAAAGAUAUUGGUUCAUAAGAAAAUAGAUAAGAUGGUAAUAGUAACAUUGAAGAAGUAUGAAUCCGAUCCAGAAAUUCAAUUGUCAGGUCUAAAUAUUUUGUAUCGAAUUGCCAGCGAUAAUUCAAUGAGACCUGCACUUGCCAACGAUGGAAUCUUUGAAGUUUUACAAAGAGUACAAAUUCAAUUGAUAACCAAUAAGAAACCAAACCAUUUACAACCACUUAUCCUAGAGAAAUGUUGUGAGCUCUUACGAAAUCUUGCAUUCAAUGAAUCGUUACACAAGUACUUUGAGGUAAACAAAGAUAUCAUCAAGAAUACAAUCAAAGUAAUGAGAUUACCAAUCAUGACAAAAACAGCAUUAAUAGAAGGUUGUAUUGCAUUGAAUAAUAUUUGUCAAAAGAGUAAAACAGGUUUAUUAACAUUCAAAACUAUCUAUUUAUUUCAAUUUCUUCAAGAGAAAUUAGCUAAAUUAAUAUAUAAAUACGGAGGUGUAAAAUUAUUAUGUGAUUUACUUACCAUCAGUAAUGAUGUCGAUGUUAAAUCAGAGAUUAUCAAUAACUUUACGAAUCUUGCAUACUUUAGUCUAACGAUUCGUAUGUCAAUCUACAAAAGAGGUGGCAUCAGAUUGAUUCUCAAAGAGAUGAGAGAUAAUCCAAUGAAUGAAUCCAUUCAAAAUAAUUGUUAUAGUGGAUUAAAUAAUUUAAGUUUUACAAUUGUUAUUACAAAGAAGAUUGCAAAGUCAGAGGCAAUAGAGUUACUUGCAGUAGCUUCAUCGAAUUUCCCUCAGAAUGCUGAUAGAUAUAAUCAUCUACUUAGUUGUCUAGUUGAUUUAAACAAUGGAGUAAUUUAA